CUCCUGUAGGCGGUUCCCCGCAGCGACUCCAAGGCCAAAGGGAGGUCUUACUACGCACGCGCUUUAGUGACGGAGUCACCCAUGGAGCCGUCCGGAGUGGAGCGAGAACCUGCAGGCGUGAGGCUACUGGACCUGCCCUGGGAAGACGUGCUGCUUCCUCACGUCCUGAGCCGGGUGCCCUUGCGCCAGCUGCUCCGGCUGCAGCGCGUCAGCCGGGCCUUCCGGGCGCUCGUGCAGCUGCACUUGGCGGGGCUGCGCCGCUUCGACGCCGCGCAGGUGGGGCCGCACAUCCCGCGCGCCGCCCUGGCCCGGCUGCUGCGCGACGCUGAGGGGCUGCAGGCGCUGGCGCUAGCGCAGUGUCACGAGUGGCUGUCGGACGCAGACCUGCUGCCGGUGCUGGCGCGGAACCCGCAACUGCGGAGCGUGGCGCUGGCGGGCUGCGGGCAGCUGAGCCGCCGCGCGCUGGGCGCGCUGGCCGAGGGCUGCCCCCGCCUGCGGCGCCUGUCGCUCGCGCACUGCGACUGGGUGGACGGGCUGGCGCUGCGCGGCCUCGCGGACCGCUGCCCGGCGCUGGAGGAGCUGGACCUUACCGCCUGCCGCCAGCUCAAGGAUGAGGCCAUUGUGUAUCUGGCGCGGCGGCGCGGUGGCGGCCUCCGCAGCCUCUCACUGGCGGUCAACGCCAACGUGGGUGACACCUCGGUCCAGGAGCUGGCCCGGAACUGCCCUCGCCUCGAGCACCUCGACCUCACCGGCUGCCUCCGUGUCGGAAGCGACGGCAUCAGGACGCUGGCCGAGUAUUGCCCCAUGCUUCGCUCUCUGCGGGUGCGGCACUGCCACCACGUGGCUGAGCCCAGUCUGAGCCGCUUGCGGAAACGAGGAGUGGACAUCGAUGUGGAGCCACCGCUGCACCAGGCCCUGGUGCUCCUGCAGGACAUGGCGGGCUUCGCACCCUUUGUCAACCUGCAGGUCUAAUUUUCUGUCAGGGGAGCCAGCCGAACUGUGUGGUGGGGCCCGGCAUAGAACUGCAGGGCAAUCUGACUGUAGGGAGGUAGGGGCCUGUGCCCUGCCCCACCCAGGAACCUCAAAUAAAGAUCUCUUUGUCCUCUUU